CACGUGAUUCCCGAACGCUCUCCCAUAUUUGGCCGCAUACCUGGCAAAGUACAGUAGGGCUUCAUUGCUUAUAAUUCAUGAUUGCAUCCAUAAAUCGUGCAAGCACACAGGAUUAUAGCGACAAAGAUCUACAAAUCGAGGCUUUAAAAAUCCAAGCAAAUGAGCUCUUACUUUGUAAACUCGUUCUCAGGGCGCUAUCCAAAUGGCUCCGACUAUCAGUUACUAAAUUAUGGGACUAACGGCGCUGUGAGCGGCUCCUUCAGAGACCCUGGCACCAUGCACUCCGGGUCUUUCGGCUACAACUACAAUGGCAUGGACCUAACCGUGAACCGCACCAAUGCUGGGAGUCACUUCCCGGCUGUGCGCGAAGAUGCCCGUGGGUUCGGCGCAGACGCCCGCUACAGACAGACACCCAACUGCUCGCUCGCCUCUCCAGAUCCAGUGCCACCAUCGUGCGCUUCAGCCAACCGGGAGCCUCUGGAGCUAAAGAGCCCCUCUCCUCCCUCUGACCGGAGCGCGACCUCGAGCAACAGCCUCAACAAAAGCGCUCAUUUCACGGAGGUAGAGGACGCCACGGUCGCUUCAGAGAGCGAGGAGGGCGCGCACAGCAGCAGCGGCGGAUCCGGCUCUGCUCCCCGGGCGCAGCAACAGCAGCAGCAGCAGCAGCACCAGGACCCAAACGCCACCUCCUCCACCCCUUCAUCUAACGAUUGCCAAACGCCACAAAUAUUCCCCUGGAUGCGGAAGCUGCACAUAAGCCAUGAUAUGACUGGACCUGACGGGAAAAGGGCCCGAACCGCGUACACCCGCUACCAGACACUAGAGCUGGAGAAAGAGUUUCACUUCAAUAGGUACCUAACCAGACGGCGGAGGAUAGAGAUAGCCCACGCCCUGUGUCUUUCCGAAAGACAGAUCAAAAUCUGGUUUCAGAACCGCAGGAUGAAGUGGAAGAAGGACAAUAAACUGAAAAGCAUGAGCCUGGUGACGGGAGGGAGCGCCUUCCACAACUGAAUUUUUUGAAGGGAGUAAAAAUAUACAGAAAAAAAAACACAUAAAAAAGAAUCCAUGAGUACUGUAAAGCUAUUAAAGCGCAGCACCUUCCUUCCAGCAUGCUAUUGUGAUAGAAAAAGAAGUAUUCUGUGGUGUUAAGAUGCCAUUUUUAGUUCCUGUUGUUGUCCUAUGAUAGCUUAGAUGUCAAAAAAAGAUGUAAAUAUGAACUUUGAGGGUGAUUAAUUCAUUGUCUUUUUGCUCUUCUGUCUCUCUUGAAGGUGUUUGAGCUCUUAAUUGUGACUUCCUCACGGUCUAACAGAGUAAAUUCAUGUACAGUUCCACUUUAAAGUUUCCAAACCAUAUGCUGCUCUUCAUUGAAUGUAUUCUUAAUGCCAUUCAAAGCGCUUUAGUGGUAACUUUUAAUGCUAUUUUUGAUCUUGUGGCCAUGCAGAUCCAUCCCAAACUUCCACAGUUGUUGUAGCCUUGUAGGAGAUUUUGUGCAUCUUAUUAUUCUAAUUAUUAUUGUUUAGGUCUUAAUAUGAGCAAUGCAAAUGUAUUCAACCUGUCAAUGUGAUAAAUUUUUAGUGCAAAGGG